AUGCCUCUCGUCCGAAUCGACGUGAUCAAAAACCAGCGGUCGGGCCAAGAAUUGCGCCUUCUCGCCGACACGAUCCAACAAGUCCUCCAGGACCAUUUCCACGCGCCCCCUCGAGACCGAUACCAGAUCAUCAGCCAGCACGAACCGGACGAAUUGAUCUGCGACGACACCGGGCUCGGGCUCGACUACGCCCGCACCGACCAGUUGGUCGUGAUCCAGAUCGUGCAGCAGGGCCGAGACGCCGCCACUAAACAGAAGACGUUUGCGGCUCUGGCUGACGCGCUGGCCAGUCGGUGUGGUCUCAAGGGCGGGGAUCUGAUUAUCUCCUGUGUCGGGAAUGCGAGGGAGGACUGGAGUUUCGGGUAUGGGGAGGCCCAGUUCGUCACGGGGAGACUUUAG